UCGCGAAUAAUAUGAAAGGGAGCUGCAAAGGGGAAAGCCAAGCAGAGGAAUCCGAACCCCGGGAGCCUGGCACUAGAAGAUGCGCUAGAUGUGGCCGCCUGGACUUCAUCCUGAUGAAGAAAAUGGGGAUCAAAAGUGGAUUUACGUUUUGGAACCUCGUCUUUUUACUGACGGUGUCUUGUGUGAAAGGAUUUAUUUAUACAUGUGGUGGGACACUAAAAGGACUUAAUGGCACUAUUGAAAGCCCUGGUUUUCCAUAUGGAUAUCCAAAUGGUGCAAACUGUACGUGGGUAAUAAUAGCAGAAGAACGAAAUAGAAUACAAAUUGUCUUUCAAUCAUUUGCUUUAGAAGAAGAAUAUGACUACUUAUCCUUAUAUGAUGGACAUCCUCAUCCUACAAACUUUAGAACAAGGUUAACGGGAUUCCAUCUGCCACCACCCGUGACCAGUACCAAGUCUGUGUUCUCACUACGUUUGACCAGUGAUUUCGCCGUUAGUGCUCAUGGGUUUAAAGUAUAUUAUGAAGAAUUGCAGAGUAGCUCUUGUGGAAAUCCAGGAGUUCCGCCUAAAGGUGUAGUAUAUGGCACGAGGUUUGAUGUUGGAGACAAGAUUCGCUACAGCUGUGUAACCGGAUAUAUCCUGGAUGGCCACCCUCAACUCACCUGCAUAGCCAAUUCAAUUAAUACAGCCUCAUGGGAUUUCCCUGUGCCCAUCUGUAGAGCUGGAGAUGCCUGUGGAGGAACCAUGAGAGGAUCCAGUGGCAUCAUUUCCAGCCCCAGCUUUCCCAACGAGUACCACAACAACGCGGACUGCACGUGGACAAUUGUGGCUGAGCCUGGGGACACCAUUUCACUCAUAUUUACCGAUUUCCAAAUGGAAGAAAAAUAUGAUUACUUAGAAAUUGAAGGUUCUGAGCCACCCACAAUAUGGCUAUCUGGCAUGAACAUACCACCGCCAAUUAUCAGCAACAAAAACUGGCUCAGACUGCACUUUGUCACAGACAGCAAUCACCGCUACCGUGGAUUUAAUGCACCAUAUCAAGGUUCUCCAUUGACCCACACUCCCUCCACUGGUGAGUUAGAGGAGCGUGCCAGGACUACCACUGGUGCUUUUGCUGUUGCUAGCGCAUCUGCAGAUGCUACUGUCUCCAGUGUUACAGCUGUCACCAUGCAUAGACUUCCCGAAGAACAGCGAGUGCAAGUUAUGAAUCUCAGAAAUUCAGGUCUGGACCCCAACACAUCCAAGGACGGGCUCUCUCCUCAUCAAGCAGAUACACAAAGCACAAGCAGAAGACCAAGAAAUGCUGAACAGAUAGAAAGAACUAAAGAGCUUGCAGUUGUUACUCAUAGAGUGAAAAAGGCCAUAGAUUUUAAAUCUAGAGGAUUUAAAUUGUUUCCAGGGAAAGACAACAGCAACAAGUUUUCUAUCUUAAAUGAGGGAGGUAUUAAAACAGCCUCCAAUUUAUGCCCCGAUCCAGGAGAGCCAGAAAAUGGGAAAAGAAUUGGAUCAGAUUUUAGCCUUGGAUCAACUGUGCAAUUUUCUUGUGAUGAGGACUAUGUCCUUCAGGGUGCAAAGAGCAUCACCUGUCAACGAAUAGCCGAAGUCUUUGCUGCUUGGAGUGACCACAGGCCGGUGUGUAAAGUGAAGACAUGUGGCUCCAAUCUUCAAGGACCGAGUGGUACCUUCACGUCUCCCAACUUCCCGUUCCAGUACGACAGCAAUGCUCAGUGUGUCUGGGUCAUCACAGCCGUGAAUACAAAUAAGGUAAUCCAGAUAAAUUUUGAGGAAUUUGAUCUAGAGAUUGGAUAUGAUACCUUGACAAUUGGUGAUGGAGGUGAAGUUGGAGACCCAAGGACAGUUCUUCAAGUGUUGACUGGGAGCUUUGUGCCGGACUUGACCGUGAGCAUGAGCAGCCAAAUGUGGCUGCACCUUCAGACAGAUGAAAGUGUUGGCUCCGUUGGCUUCAAAGUUAACUACAAAGAAAUUGAGAAAGAAAGCUGUGGAGAUCCUGGCACACCCUUAUAUGGAAUUAGAGAGGGAGAUGGAUUUUCUAAUCGUGAUGUUUUAAGGUUCGAAUGCCAGUUUGGGUUUGAACUAAUUGGAGAGAAAUCCAUUGUUUGUCAAGAGAAUAACCAAUGGUCUGCAAACAUACCCAUCUGUAUCUUCCCUUGCCUCUCUAACUUUACGGCACCCAUGGGAACAGUUCUUUCUCCUGAUUACCCAGAAGGGUACGGAAAUAAUUUAAAUUGCAUCUGGACAAUAAUCUCUGAUCCAGGGAGCCGAAUACACCUCUCUUUUAAUGACUUCGAUCUUGAGUCCCAGUUUGACUUCCUGGCGGUGAAAGAUGGUGACUCUCCAGACUCCCCAAUUCUUGGAACCUUUACAGGGGCUGAGGUGCCUUCUCAUCUCACUAGCAAUAGUCAUCUAUUGCGACUGGAAUUUCAAGCUGACCACUCAAUGUCUGGACGUGGUUUUAAUAUCACUUACAACACAUUUGGUCAUAAUGAGUGUCCGGAUCCUGGGAUACCAAUCAAUGCACGAAGGUUUGGAGACAACUUUCAACUAGGAAGUUCAAUUUCAGUUAUUUGUGAAGAAGGAUUUAUUAAAACCCAGGGAACAGAAACAAUUACAUGCAUUCUUCUGGAUGGAAAAGUAAUGUGGAGUGGACCGAUUCCUCGAUGUGGAGCGCCGUGUGGCGGUCAUUUCUCAGCUCCCAGUGGAGUGAUCCUCUCACCAGGAUGGCCGGGGUACUAUAAAGACUCCUUGAAUUGUGAGUGGGUGAUUGAAGCUGAACCUGGACAUUCUAUCAAAAUUACAUUUGAAAGAUUUCAGACCGAACUGAAUUAUGAUGUUUUGGAAGUUCACGAUGGGCCCAAUCUUCUGUCACCAUUGCUGGGAUCGUAUAAUGGCACACAGGUGCCCCAGUUCCUAUUUAGUAGCAGUAAUUUCAUAUAUCUUCUAUUUACAACAGACAACAGCCGUUCUAACAAUGGUUUCAAGAUCCAUUAUGAAAGUGUUAUCGUGAACACGUAUUCUUGCUUGGAUCCUGGAAUACCCGUGCACGGCCGUCGCUACGGUCAUGAUUUCUCCAUCGGGUCCACUGUUUCAUUUAGUUGUGAUCCCGGAUACAGACUGAGUCACGAGGAGCCUCUUCUAUGUGAAAAAAACCACUGGUGGAGUCAUCCACUCCCCACUUGUGAUGCCUUAUGUGGAGGAGAUGUGAGAGGCCCAAGUGGAACAAUCUUAUCUCCUGGCUACCCUGAAUUUUAUCCAAAUUCUCUGAAUUGUACAUGGACUGUUGAUGUUACCCAUGGAAAAGGUGUUCAAUUCAACUUCCAUACUUUUCACUUGGAGGAUCAUCAUGACUACUUACUGAUCACCGAGAACGGCAGUUUCGCUCAACCCCUGGCCCGGCUGACUGGGUCUGAACUUCCGUCAACCAUCAAUGCUGGUCUCUAUGGAAAUUUCAGGGCUCAACUACGCUUCAUUUCAGAUUUUUCAAUUUCAUAUGAAGGAUUCAACAUUACGUUUUCUGAAUAUAAUCUCGAACCUUGCGAAGAUCCUGGGAUUCCUCAAUACGGGAACCGAGUUGGCUUCAGCUUUGGGGUUGGCGACACUCUGACCUUCUCCUGCUCAUCGGGUUAUCGCCUGGAAGGCACAGCAGAGAUCACCUGUCUUGGUGGCGGCCGACGAGUGUGGAGUGCACCUCUGCCAAGGUGUGUGGCGGAAUGCGGUGCUUCUGCAACAAAUAAUGAAGGGAUCUUGCUCUCUCCAAAUUAUCCACUCAACUAUGAGAACAACCACGAGUGCAUUUACAGUAUUCAGGUUCAAGCAGGAAAGGGGAUCAAUAUUUCAGCUAGGACAUUUCAUUUAGCACAAGGGGAUGUCCUCAAGAUUUAUGAUGGAAAAGAUAAAACAACUCAUUUGCUGGGUGCUUUUACCGGUGCAUCAAUGCGCGGACUGACACUCAGUAGUACUUCCAAUCAGCUCUGGCUAGAAUUUAAUUCUGAUGCUGAUGGGACAGAUGAAGGCUUUCAACUUGUCUAUACCAGUUUUGAACUUUCACAUUGUGAAGACCCUGGAAUUCCACAAUUUGGAUACAAGAUCAGCGAUCAAGGCCACUUUGCUGGGAGCACCAUCAUUUACGGGUGCAAUCCUGGCUACACUCUCCAUGGAAGCAGCCUUCUCAAGUGCAUGACAGGCGAGAGAAGGGCAUGGGAUUAUCCUCUGCCUUCCUGUAUCGCUGAAUGCGGAGGUCGUUUUAAAGGAGAAUCAUCAGGAAGAAUCUUAUCUCCCGGUUACCCCUUCCCAUAUGACAAUAAUUUGCGCUGUAUGUGGAUGAUUGAGGUAGAUCCAGGUAACAUUGUCAGCCUACAAUUUCUUGCUUUUGAUACGGAAGCAUCACAUGACAUACUCCGAGUGUGGGAUGGACCGCCUGAAAAUGAGAUGCUCUUAAAGGAAAUCAGUGGAUCUCUGAUUCCAGAAGGAAUUCAUAGCACGCUCAACAUAGUAACCAUCCAGUUUGACACGGAUUUUUAUAUCAGCAAGUCUGGAUUUGCAAUUCAGUUUUCAAGUUCUGUUGCUACUGCGUGCCGUGACCCAGGUGUUCCCAUGAACGGCACUCGGAAUGGGGAUGGAAGGGAGCCUGGGGACACUGUUGUUUUCCAGUGUGAUCCGGGGUAUGAACUUCAAGGAGAAGAAAGAAUAACCUGCAUUCAGGUAGAAAAUCGAUACUUCUGGCAGCCAAGCCCACCAGUCUGUAUAGCACCUUGUGGAGGCAAUUUAACAGGAUCUUCGGGCUUUAUUCUCUCGCCAAAUUUUCCUCAUCCUUAUCCCCAUAGCAGGGACUGUGACUGGAUGAUCACCGUCAAUUCAGACUAUGUUAUCUCCUUAGCAUUUAUCAGUUUUAGCAUAGAGCCAAACUAUGACUUCCUCUAUAUUUAUGAUGGGCCAGACAGUAAUAGCCCACUGAUUGGGAGUUUUCAAGACAGCAAACUACCGGAGAGAAUAGAAAGCAGUUCAAAUACCAUGCAUCUGGCUUUUCGGAGUGAUGGAUCUGUUAGUUACACUGGAUUUCACUUAGAAUAUAAAGCAAAACUUCGAGAAUCCUGCUUUGAUCCAGGCAAUAUUAUGAAUGGCACCAGACUUGGAAUGGAUUACAAAUUAGGGUCAACCAUCACCUAUUAUUGUGAUGCGGGAUAUGUUCUUCAAGGUUAUUCAACACUCACCUGUAUCAUGGGAGAUGAUGGAAGACCUGGAUGGAACAGAGCCCUACCAAGCUGUCAUGCACCUUGUGGAAGUCGUUCAACAGGUUCUGAAGGCACCGUUUUAUCCCCAAACUAUCCCAAAAACUACAGUGUGGGACAUAAUUGUGUGUAUUCUAUAGCAGUUCCUAAAGAGUUUGUGGUGUUUGGCCAGUUUGUAUUUUUCCAGACAUCACUCCACGAUGUUGUUGAGGUGUAUGAUGGGCCAACUCAGCAAUCUUCUCUGUUAUCUUCCCUCUCAGGAUCCCAUUCAGGAGAAUCACUUCCACUGAGUUCAGGUAAUCAGAUCACAAUUCGAUUUACUUCAGUUGGACCAAUAACAGCUAAGGGAUUUCACUUUGUUUAUCAAGCUGUUCCUAGAACGAGUUCUACACAGUGCAGCUCUGUGCCGGAGCCACGAUUUGGAAGAAGGAUUGGCAAUGAAUUCGCAGUGGGUUCAUUGGUUCUUUUUGAAUGCAGCCCAGGCUACAUUCUCCAUGGGUCCUUAGCAAUCAGAUGCGACACAGUGCCUAAUUCUUUGGCCCAGUGGAAUGAUUCCUUACCUACUUGUAUUGUGCCCUGUGGUGGGAUGUUAACGAAGCGCAAAGGGACCAUCUUGUCGCCCGGAUAUCCUGAGCCUUACGACAACAACCUGAACUGUGUGUGGAAGGUCACCGUGCCCGAGGGAGCUGGGAUCCAAGUGCAAGUUGUCAGUUUUGCCACAGAACAUAAUUGGGAUUCUCUGGACUUUUAUGAUGGGGGUGACAACAAUGCUCCAAGACUUGGAAGUUAUUCAGGGACGACAAUUCCCCAUCUUCUGAACAGUACUUCCAACAAUCUCUAUCUAAAUUUUCAGUCAGACAUCAGCGUUUCUGCUGCAGGAUUUCAUCUUGAAUAUACAGCAAUUGGUUUAGAUUCCUGUCCUGAACCACAAACUCCUAGCAGUGGGAUUAAAGUAGGAGACAGAUACAUGGUUGGUGAUGUGGUAUCCUUUCAGUGUGACCAAGGAUAUUCACUUCAGGGUCAUUCUCACAUUACAUGUAUGCCAGGUCCUGUAAGAAGAUGGAAUUAUCCUAUUCCAAUUUGUUUAGCUCAAUGUGGUGGUGCUAUGUCAGAUUUCAGUGGUGUGAUCCUCAGUCCCGGAUUCCCUGGAAAUUACCCUAGCAGUUUAGACUGUACAUGGACAAUAAAGCUGCCCAUAGGUUUUGGGGUGCAUCUCCAGUUUGUAAAUUUCUCUACCGAAACCAUACAUGAUUACUUGGAAGUAAGAAGUGGAGCCUCAGAGACAAGUACUGUCAUUGGCCGGCUUAGUGGUCCUCAAAUACCAUCUUCCAUAUUUAGCACGACUCAUGAAACCAGCAUGUACUUUCACAGUGACUAUUCCCAAAACAAGCAAGGAUUUCACAUUGUAUACCAAGCUUACCAGCUACAAAGCUGUCCCGAUCCACGUCCAUUUAGAAAUGGUUUUGUGAUUGGCAGUGAUUUCACUGUGGGACAAACCAUUUCGUUCGAGUGUUUCCCCGGAUACACUUUAAUCGGACAUUCCGCGCUCACUUGUCUUCACGGGGUCAGUCGUAAUUGGAAUCAUCCACUUCCAAGAUGUGAAGCUCUUUGUGGUGGAAAUAUUACUGCAAUGAAUGGCACCAUUUACUCACCGGGAUAUCCUGAUGAAUAUCCAAAUUUUCAAGACUGUUUUUGGCUUGUAAGAGUACCUCCCGGGAAUGGGAUCUACAUCAAUUUUACAGUUCUUCAAACAGAGCCAAUCUAUGAUUUCAUUACUGUAUGGGAUGGGCCAGACCAAAACUCACCCCAGAUCGGUCAGUUCAGUGGAAAUACAGCUUUGGAAUCUGUGUAUAGCACCUCAAAUCAGAUUCUAAUCAAAUUCCACAGUGAUUUCACGACCAGUGGAUUUUUUGUGCUUAGUUAUCACGCUUAUCAGCUAAGAGUGUGCCAACCUCCACCACCUGUACCAAAUGCUGAAAUUUUGACAGAAGAUGAUGAAUUUGAAAUAGGUGACAUUAUUCGAUAUCAGUGUCUCCCAGGAUUUACCUUGGUGGGUAAUGCAAUUCUGACCUGCAGAUUAGGGGAACGCCUGCAAAUGGAUGGGGCGCCACCAGUCUGCCAAGUGCUUUGUCCUGCCAAUGAAUUGCGACUAGAUUCUACAGGAGUCAUAUUAAGCCCUGGGUAUCCUGACAGUUACCCCAAUCUUCAGAUGUGUGCCUGGAGUAUUUCAGUGGAAAAGGGCUAUAACAUCAGCAUGUUUAUAGAAUUCUUCCAGACAGAAAAAGAAUUUGAUGUUCUUCAGGUGUAUGAUGGACCAAAUAUUCAAAGUCCAGUGCUUAUAUCUCUUAGUGGAGAUUAUUCAUCUGCUUUUAAUAUCACAAGCAACGGUCAUGAAGUAUUUCUUCAGUGGUCAGCAGAUCACGGCAAUAACAAGAAAGGCUUCCGGAUAAGAUACAUAGCCUUCUAUUGUAGCACACCGGAAUCUCCACCUCACGGAUACAUUAUCAGUCAGACAGGUGGGCAGCUAAACAGCGUGGUCCGGUGGGCCUGUGAUCGAGGAUUCCGACUGGUUGGGAAAAGCAGCGCGGUGUGCAGGAAGUCCCCCUAUGGCUAUCAUGUGUGGGAUGCACCAGUUCCUGCCUGUCAAGCAAUUUCUUGCGGGAUUCCUAAAGCUCCAACAAAUGGAGGGAUCCUCACAACAGACUACUUGGUAGGAACCCGAGUUACCUAUUUUUGUAAUGAUGGAUAUAGACUAUCAUCCAAAGAACUUACCACUGCCAUAUGUCAGUCAGAUGGAACAUGGAGCAAUCAUAACAAGACCCCACGCUGCGUUGUGGUUACAUGUCCAAGCAUCAAUUCCUUCACGUUGGAACAUGGAAGAUGGCGAAUUGUGAAUGGUUCCCAUUAUGAAUACAAAACCAAGGUUGUUUUCAGCUGUGACCCUGGUUACCAUGGAGUAGGCCCGGCUUCUAUUGAAUGCCUUCCCAAUGGUACCUGGAGUUGGAGAAAUGAAAGACCCUAUUGCCAAAUUAUUUCCUGUGGAGAACUGCCUACACCAACAAAUGGAAAUAAGAUUGGAACUCAAACUUCUUACGGCUCAACAGCUAUCUUUACCUGUGAUUCGGGCUUCAUGCUUGUGGGCUCAGCCGUCCGAGAAUGCCUUUCCUCGGGGCUCUGGAGUGGAUCGGAAACCAGAUGCCUAGCGGGUCACUGUGGAAUUCCAGAGCUCAUUGUUAACGGUCAAGUCAUUGGAGAAAAUUAUGGAUACAGAGAUACAGUUGUCUAUCAGUGUAAUCCUGGUUUUCGGCUGAUUGGUUCUUCAGUUCGAAUCUGUCAACAGGAUCAUAAUUGGUCUGGUCAGCUCCCAUCCUGUGUGCCUGUUAGCUGUGGGCACCCUGGUAGUCCAAUUUACGGAAGAACAAGUGGAAAUGGAUUCAACUUCAAUGAUGUGGUAACUUUCUCUUGCAAUAUUGGAUAUCUUAUGCAAGGACCAACAAAGGCGCAGUGCCAGGCCAAUAGGCAGUGGAGCCAUCCUCCACCUGUGUGCAAAGUGGUCAACUGUUCUGAUCCUGGAAUUCCAGCCAAUUCCAAAAGAGAAAGUAAAAUAGAACAUGGGAAUUUCACAUAUGGCACUGUAGUGUUCUAUGACUGCAAUCCUGGAUACUUUUUAUUUGGAUCUUCGGUUUUGAUAUGUCAACCAAAUGGACACUGGGACAAACCAUUACCAGAAUGUAUCAUGAUUGACUGUGGACACCCUGGCGUUCCUCCUAAUGCAGUCCUGUCUGGUGAGAAGUAUACCGUUGGGUCUACUGUUCACUAUUCCUGCACAGGAAAGCGCACCCUUCUAGGCUCGUCAUCAAGAACUUGCCAAUUAAAUGGCCAUUGGAGUGGCUCACAACCUCAUUGCUCAGGUGAUGCUACUGGGACGUGUGGUGAUCCAGGCACUCCUGGCCAUGGCUCUAGACAGGAAAGCGAUUUCAGAACCAAAAGUGCCGUGCGUUUUGCUUGUGAGACCGGUUAUACCCUUCAUGGCUCAGAGGAACGAAGAUGUUUAGCCAAUGGUAGUUGGACUGGGAAGCAGCCCGAAUGUAAAGCCGUGCAGUGUGGUAAUCCAGGAACAACUGCCAAUGGGAAAGUCUUUCGAAUUGAUGGCACCACAUUUUCUAGUUCGGUCAUUUAUUCCUGCAUGGAUGGCUAUAUCCUUUCUGGACCUUCAGUGAGACAGUGUACAGCCAAUGGAACAUGGUCUGGAAGUCUACCUAACUGUACCAUAAUCAGUUGUGGAGACCCAGGUAUACCAGCCAAUGGACUGAGAUAUGGAGAUGAUUAUGUGGUUGGACAAAAUGUUUCUUACAUGUGCCAACCAGGCUAUACCAUGGAAUUAAAUGGUUCUCAAAGCAGGACUUGUACCACCAAUGGAACGUGGAGUGGAGUAAUGCCAACUUGUAGAGCUGUUACCUGCGCAACUCCUCCCCAGAUCUCUAAUGGAAGGUUAGAAGGAACAAAUUUCGACUGGGGCUUUAGUAUCAGCUACAUCUGUUCGCCCGGCUACGAACUGUCCUUUCCUGCUGUUCUGACGUGUGUUGGGAGUGGAACCUGGAGUGGGGAAGUGCCGCAAUGCCUACCAAAGUUCUGUGGUGACCCAGGAGUACCUGCCCAAGGGAAAAGAGAAGGCAAAAGCUUUAUCUACCAGUCCGAGGUGUCAUUCAGCUGCAAUUUCCCAUUCAUAUUAGUGGGAUCAAGCACCAGGAUAUGCCAAGCAGAUGGCACUUGGAGUGGCUCGUCACCUCACUGCAUAGAACCCACACGUACUUCAUGUGAUAACCCAGGAGUACCAAGACAUGGUUCUCAGAACAACACAUUUGGAUUUCAAGUGGGGAGUGUUGUGCAGUUCCAUUGUAAAAAAGGACACCUUCUACAGGGGUCCACAACGCGUACUUGUCUUCCUGACCUCUCCUGGAGUGGUAUGCAGCCUGAAUGCAUACCCCAUAGCUGUAAACAACCAGAAACACCUGCUCAUGCAAAUGUCGUAGGCAUGGACCUCCCAUCACAUGGGUACACACUAAUUUAUACCUGUCAGCAUGGCUUCUUCUUAGCAGGCGGUACAGAACAUCGAGUUUGUAGAUCUGAUAACACCUGGACUGGGAAAGUUCCUGUUUGUGAAGCUGGUUCUAAAAUAUUGGUGAAAGAUCCAAGACCUGCCCUAGGAACUCCCAGCCCAAAGCUAAGUGUUCCUGAUGAUGUCUUUGCUCAAAAUUACAUAUGGAAAGGUUCUUACAAUUUCAAAGGGAGGAAGCAACCCAUGACUUUGACCGUUACUAGUUUCAAUGCUUCUACUGGGAGUGUUAAUGCCACACUUAGUAAUAGCAACAUGGAACUGCUUCUUUCAGGGGUGUACAAAAGCCAGGAAGCUCGCCUAAUGCUACACAUCUAUCUUAUUAAAGUACCAGCUCAUGCUUCUGUGAAGAAAAUGAAGGAGGAGAAUUGGGCCAUGGAUGGCUUUGUUUCUGCCGAACCUGAUGGCGCUACUUAUGUAUUUCAAGGAUUUAUUCAGGGCAAAGAUUAUGGGCAAUUUGGACUUCAGAGACUAGGAUUGAAUAUGUCUGAAGGCUCAAAUUCUUCAAAUCAACCUCAUGGUACAAAUAGUAGUUCAGUGGCCAUUGCUAUUCUCGUGCCUUUUUUUGCACUUAUAUUUGCAGGAUUUGGAUUUUAUCUUUAUAAACAAAGGACUGCACCGAAAACACAGUACACAGGAUGCUCAGUUCAUGAAAACAACAAUGGCCAAGCCGCGUUCGAAAAUCCCAUGUACGACACCAACGCGAAGUCCGUGGAAGGGAAGGCGGUUCGAUUCGACCCCAACUUGAACACGGUCUGCACAAUGGUAUAACACAGCCACACGUGGACUUUUCCCCGAGGUUCGGAAAUGGAAACACACCACAGUGCACAUGUAGUUCACUGAUAAACCAAUUAAAGCACACUUUUCAGGACUUGCUAGGUCACCUUUUCCUGAGAAAUAAUAGAGAAGAGUGUUUUCUGUUUUUGUUUUUCAUAAACUGGACCAUAAUUCUUCUUCAUGUUCACCAUGGAGAGCUUUACGGAAAUCUGGCUGCACUCUGUGAGUGCUUACUCACCGUUUAUUUGCUUUUUUAAAAAAGGAGAUUAUUCUAAAACAUAAACUAUUUGCAUAUAUUGGAGGAGCAUCCACUAUCAGUAUUUCUGUGCUUUAUAAACUAUAUUAGAGGGACUGGGUUUAAAAAAAAAGAUAUAGGGUAGAAAAUAAGAGCUAUACUUAACAAGAGUCAAUAAAUCACUGACUUCUCUUUAACCAUCAUGAGCUACAUCCUGGCCACAAGCCUGUAUCCAUAACACGCUAUCCACUCUUCUUGUUAGUUGAGGUGAUUGAUUUCCUUACUCCCCUUGUUAUUUAAGAUUGAGUCACACCCUCAAAUGUUCAUAAGCCAAUUUAUGCCACUGAAGAGAUAUGGUUGCUCACACUGAUUUUGACUUUUUCUGUUGUUUAGUUUGUCAGUGUUCUAAUAGUCCUCUGUUCGACCACUGUCACAGUGCUGGAAAAUGGUAAAGUUGUGCCGCCCUCGCGAUUUUCUCAUUACGGGGUUACCAAUAUUAUUCACUGAAUCACAGCGUAGUGUCAACUCUGCUUCAGUUUGUUUUCAUCCCGAAAAUACUUUGGCUGGCAAAAAUGUCCUAUAAGAUUGAUGAUUUUUACUAAAGGUAUCUGAGACACUAAACUUACUAUUCAUUACCAGGCUUUUCAAUUAUCUGGAAAGACAAAACAGUACUUACAAGUCGAAUAUUUACGUUAUGGUAUAGCUACCUUUUCUUCAAGACAAGUCUGAAAAUUUAUUUGAUGUUCUAUUGAGACUUCUGACAGUAAGUUAGAAAUAUAUUUGGGGUUCAUACUCUAAAUAUAAUGACUUAAAAUUAUUUUUCUAAAUCAUCAACAUAAAUUUGUUUCCUAAAGUUUGGAUUGAUCGAAUUGUCACAUAUUUCAAAAACACUACACCCUUAUUUUUAUUGAACAGUUUCCCGGUACAGCAGGCUGAUUUCCCUGUCAAAUUAAGAUAUGUAUCUCUAAGUCAUUGGUGGCUUGUUUACAAGUGCACCAUGGAGUAAGACCAGAAUUUUUAUUUACUAGGUCAUUGUCUUCCUUUGAUAGCAUGUUUUCCUCUGUUGAAUAAAAUUAUAUACCCAGUGUGAAAUCUCUGUUUUGUCCCUUUAAAAUAUGGAUAACUCUGUGAACAAUCUCAACUUUUUGACCAUGAGACAGAGUGCCUCUAAGAGCAAUCAUUGCACCCAGGAGAUGCUUGGAUCUAUCUCUGCAUUUAGUGAAAUUCUUGUAUUUCCACUUUGAGAUACAUUGUUUUGGAAAUUCAUACAAUUUUCUCAACAUUGUACUCUACUGACAGGAUGCUGUUUUAAAUUUUACACCGUCAGUUAUUUAUUCUUGUUUAUUCAAAUGACUGCAAUAACAAUGAUUCAUUCAUUAAUGUUAAGGUUAAUACAUUUAAGAUCUUGUUUAAACAAUGUUUCUUCUGCAACUGGCUACUCCUCUUAUAUUAAUGCAUACACUUUUGUAAAGAAGUAUAUUUUUAUGGAAAAAAACUUUGUAAAAGUAUGAUGUAAAU